AUGUCUGAAGCAUUUGUGACAUUGGCAACCACAGAUGGAUAUGCUUUAGGUGCACUAGUAUUAGGACAAUCAUUAAAAAAAGUUGGAACAAAUAAAAAAUUAUGUGUUAUGAUUACGGAUCAUGUUUCGGGUCUAGUACGAGAAAAUUUGGAGUCAACAUACGAUGAAGUGAUUGUUGUCAAUUUAUUAGAUAGUAAAGAUGCUGCUCAUUUAAAAUUACUAGAACGACCAGAAUUGGGCGUAACAUUUACAAAACUUCACUGUUGGACUCUUACACAAUAUCAGAAAUGUGUUUUCUUAGAUGCUGAUUGUCUAGUCUUACAAUCUGUUGAUGAUCUAUUUGAACGUGAAGAAUUAUCAGCUGCACCCGAUGCUGGAUGGCCAGAUAUUUUCAAUUCAGGAGUAUUUGUUUUUAAACCAUCAAAAGAUACAUUUCAAAAAUUAGUAACAUUUGCUUCAGAACAAGGAUCGUUUGAUGGUGGUGAUCAAGGUUUAUUGAAUAAAUUCUUUUCAUCUUGGCCACGGUCUGAUAUUAGUCGUCAUUUACCGUUUACUUACAAUGUUACAUCAAAUACAUUUUAUUCUUAUGUCCCAGCCAUUAAUCAAUUUCGUUCUGAUAUUCGUAUUGUGCAUUUUGCUGGUACACUCAAACCAUGGCAACUAACAUACGAUCCUCAAAUUAGACAGUUAUCUGGUUGUUAUCAAUCACACGAACGUGAUUUUCUACUAAAAUGGUGGGCAUUGAUCGCAUUAACGCAGGGUAUUGAAUCCGGUUCGGCUGCUCAUCGACGUGCUUGGGAAGCAGGUUACGUCGAUUAUGGCGGACGUGAUUCAUAUAGUAAAAUUCAAGAACAAUUAGAUAAGAAUAUUGCCAUGACACCACAAACGCAUGAACGCCCAUUAUCAGCAUCAAACGGUCAAAGACAACAAAAACAUGCUUCACGACCUAAUAAUAAUGAACAGCAACAACAAGCAACAACUGGAUUAUUGCCGCAAAACGAAGAUGAAAGACAAAUUCCAGCUGAUGUAACAAAAACACAACAAGAACAACUAGAUGCUCAAGUUAAAACAGCUCAUGCCUCAACCACCUCGUUAACAACAUCAACACAACGAAAAACAUCGUCAGGUAAAGAACUUACAAUAGUCCAAGAGAAGACAGAAGCUAAUUCAAGUCAUCGAAAACCGUCUGGAAGUGAUGAUGUUUCAUCCACUACUAGUCAACAACGUAAAACGUCAACAAACAGUGGUGAUCAGCAGCAAGGUAACGCUGCUAAUCAUGGCAUAAGUUUACCAGUGCCUUAUCCACAACGUAAAUUAUCGGUUACAAGUGAUGAGCAAAAACCUCCACGAAAAACGAGCAACGGUGGAAGUAUUAUAGCAGGUGCUACUGAAUCUCUUUCCAAAUCGAGUUUAGCAUCAGGCACUGAGGCAACUGCAGUCCGUAGUAAAAUCCAACAAGUGAAUGAUGGGAUUGCCACACCUGUCGUCAGCGUUGCUCCCAGUGAAACUACGAUACAUACAACGACAACAUCUCAAACCUCGAUCACAACAACAGCAACUCAUGGUGGAAAGCAUUUAACACAAAAUGUGAAAGAAACAAUUCCGACAACUGUAACAACAACAACUAUAGCUAAUGCGUAAGUUGAUUAUCCAUACGGGAAAAAAAAAUCUAAAUGCGAGAACAUUUGACAAGAUGAUAAAACAUUUUGACUUCUUUUCAUAAACUAACGAGGGAAGGUCCCCAGGUGUUUCCCUGGGAUUUCAAAGCAAUGUAUCCCACUUUGCUAAUUUAAGAAUGCUGAUUACGAAUCUGAAAACCAUUUGUGCUCUCGUUCAAUCCUUCAAUAGUUAUAAGCAUUUUAUUUUAAUCGUAGCGAAAAGUUCAUAGAAAUGUUCAAUAGAGCUGAGAGAUAUGCCAUUCUACAGAUAAACACCUUAGCUAUAAAAUGAUAUGUGUUUUAGCUUGGUUGUCACCACGACUGCCAUGAUGCAACAGAAUGAAAUCUUGUGGUACUCUAUGGCAAAUUUUUUCUAAACAUUUUCGAAAAGAAACAUAAAACAACUGG